GACAACGCCUCUUACCGGUGUGUCUGUGGAAGUGGCUGCUUACUGUCCAUUUCCGUCUGCGAUCCCUCGUGUGCCCUGUGUCCUCCCUGAGCCUCGGUUCCCAGCCAUGGACAGCGCCGCCCCAGCCGCCGGCUUCCUCUACUGGGUGGGCGCGAGCACCGUGGCCUACCUGGCCCUGCGGUUGUCCUACAGCCUCUUCUUGGCCUUGCGGAUCUGGGGCUUGGGCCACGAGGCGAAGGUCGGGCCGGAGCUCGGCGAGUGGGCAGUUGUCACAGGGAGUACUGAUGGAAUUGGAAAAUCAUAUGCAGAAGAGGUAAGCCUUCAUGGAAUGAAGAUUGUCCUCAUCAGCAGAUCCCAGGAAAGACUGAAGGAGGUGGCUAAUGAAAUAAGAGAAAAAUUCCAAGUGGAAACCAAGACGAUUGCUGUUGACUUUGGAUCACUUGAUAUCUAUGAGAAGAUCCAGGCAGACCUGGCAGGCCUCCGGAUUGGCGUUUUAGUGAACAAUGUGGGAAUGUCAUAUGAGUAUCCCGAAUACUUUUUGGAGAUUCCAGACCUGGAUGAUAUUAUCAAUAAAUUGAUAAACACUAACAUCUUCUCUGUUUGUAGGAUGACACAGUUGGUGCUGCCCGGCAUGCUGGAAAGAUCUAAAGGUGCAAUUCUGAACAUCUCAUCUGCCAGUGGCAUGUACCCAGUUCCACUGCUGUCUGUUUACUCAGCGACCAAGGCUUUUGUAGAUUUCUUCUCCCAGUGCCUCCAUGCAGAAUACAGGAGCAAGGGCAUCUUUGUGCAGAGUGUCCUGCCGUUCUUUGUGGCUACGAAACUGGCAAAAAUCCGAAAGCCAACCUUUGAUAAGCCAUCUUCAGAGACGUUUGUGAAGUCUGCAAUUAAGACCGUUGGUCUGCAGUCCCGCACCAAUGGCUAUCCGGUCCACAGCAUUAUGAGCUGGAUCUUCUCACUGAUGCCUUCAUGGCUUUUCAUGAAAAUUUCAAUGUCUGUAAACAAGGGAUUGCGAGCUUGCUGCCUGAAGAAGACCAAGAAAACUUAAAGCUGGGGUGAACCCAUCCAGGAUUUCCAGCAGAUGGUCCAGUGUAGCCAUCUGUAGAACACUAACCUUUUAAAUCUCCAGUUACCACUGGAGAAAGCAAAACCUAUUUCCAGGGGGUUUCUGCCUUAGAUUGCUUACUCCAAGCCAAUUGGACUAAGUCAGAAACUUCAAACAAGAGUUUAUCUCAAUUAGUGGGGAAUCCUUGCUUAGCAAACAAAACGGCAUCAGGCUAAGGGGGGUGGGGGGUGGAGGGGGUGGGGCAGAUUGCUAAAGAGCUUCUUACUAACUCACAGUACUAGACAGCCGGCAGGGGACCUCAAAAGCUUCAUCAGGGCCAAAAACCCCCCCCAACCAUAACCCGGUUUUGUAAUCCUCAAAAUUGCCGGGCAUUAUCUGUGUUAUCUGAGUUGUACUUGCUGAGUGACAGCCUGGCUGCUCUCUCACUCUUAACCAUUCUAAGGGAUGACAAGGGGUUAAUUGCGUACAAUGGUACUGGCUGGUUGAGGGGUGGGGGGAGAGGAAGGGAGGCUCCUUACAGUUUGUGUGGAUUUCGGUAAG